GGAAGUGGAGUCCGCUUCCUCCCCGUGCUGCGUAGCUGUGGGCGUAGAGAAGGCGCGUAAACAAACUACCGGUCCCGGCAGGCUACGCGCCGCAGGUCAGGGCUAGGCUGGGGCCGUGCCGCGGGGCUCGCGGAGGCGGCGGCGGCGGCUACGGCUGGAGGAGCCGGGCCGGGCCCGCGGCAGAGGCCGUGGCUGGGACUGGGAAGGUGGCGGGGAGGGACUUGGGAGGAAGAUGGCGACGUCGGGGGCGAACGGGCCCGGCUCCGCCACGGCCUCAGCUUCCAAUCCGCGAAAGUUUAGUGAGAAGAUCGCGCUGCAGAAGCAGCGUCAGGCCGAGGAGACGGCGGCCUUCGAGGAGGUGAUGAUGGACAUCGGCUCCACCCGGGCCCAAAAACUGCGACUGGCUUACACAAGGAGCUCCCAUUAUGGUGGGUCUCUGCCCAAUGUUAACCAGAUUGGCUGUGGCCUGGCCGAGUUCCAGAGCCCCCUCCACUCACCUUUGGAUUCAUCUCGGAGCACUCGGCACCACGGGCUGGUUGAACGAGUGCAGCGAGAUCCCCGCAGAAUGGUGUCCCCGCUCCGCCGAUACCCCCGCCACAUUGACAGUUCUCCCUACAGUCCUGCCUACUUAUCUCCUCCUCCGGAGUCCAGCUGGAGAAGGACGAUGCCCUGGGGCAAUUUCCCUGCAGAGAAGGGGCAGUUGUUUCGACUGCCAUCUGCACUUAACAGGACAAGCUCUGACUCUGCCCUUCAUACAAGUGUGAUGAACCCCAACCCCCAGGACACAUAUCCAGGUCCCACACCUCCCACUGUCCUGCCCAGCCGCCGUGGAGGUUUGCUGGAUGGCAAAAUGGACUCCAAAGUCCCUGCUAUUGAGGAGAACUUGCUAGAUGACAAGCAUUUGCUGAAACCAUGGGAUACUAAGAAGCUUUCCUCAUCCUCCUCCCGACCUCGGUCCUGUGAAGUCCCUGGAAUUAACAUCUUUCCAUCUCCUGACCAGCCUGCCAAUGUGCCUGUCCUCCCACCUGCCAUGAACACAGGGGGCUCCCUACCUGAUCUCACCAACCUGCACUUUCCCCCACCGCUGCCCACCCCCUUGGACCCUGAGGAGACAGCCUAUCCCAGCCUGAGUGGGGGCAACAGUACCUCUAAUUUGACCCACACCAUGACACAUCUGGGCAUCAGUGGAGGUCUGGGCCUGGGCCCAGGCUAUAAUGCACCAGGACUUCACUCACCUCUCAGCCACCCAUCCCUGCAGUCCUCCCUAAGCAACCCCAACCUCCAGGCUUCCCUGAGCAGCCCUCAGCCCCAGCUUCAGGGCUCCCACAGUCACCCCUCACUGCCUGCCUCCUCCUUGGCCCACCAUGCACUGCCCACCACCUCCCUAGGCCACCCGUCACUCAGUGCCCCAGCCCUCUCCUCCUCUUCUUCUUCAUCCUCUACUUCAUCUCCUGUCCUGGGUGCCCCCCCUUACCCAGCUUCUACUCCUGGGGCCUCCCCCCGCCACCGCCGUGUGCCCCUCAGCCCCCUGAGUUUGCCCGCGGGCCCAGCCGACGCCAGAAGGUCCCAACAGCAGCUGCCCAAACAGUUUUCGCCAACAAUGUCACCCACCUUGUCUUCCAUCACUCAGGGCGUCCCCCUGGACACCAGUAAACUGCCUACUGACCAGCGGCUGCCUCCAUACCCAUAUAGCCCCCCGAGUCUGGUCCUGCCCACCCAGUCACCCACCCCAAAGUCUCUACAGCAGCCAGGACUGCCCUCUCAGGCCUGCUUAGUGCAGCCCUCAGGUGGGCAGCCCCCAAGCAGGCAGCCUCAUUUUGGGACACUGUAUCCACCUGGGUCUAGUGGGCACGGGCAACAGUCUUACCACCGGCCAAUGAGUGACUUCAGCCUGGGGAACCUGGAGCAGUUCAGCAUGGAGAGCCCAUCUACCAGCCUGGUGCUGGACCCCCCUGGCUUUUCUGAAGGGCCUGGAUUUUUAGGGGGUGAGGGGCCAGUGGGUGGCCCUCAGGACCCUCAUGCCCUCAACCACCAGAACUUGACCCACUGUUCUCGGCAUGGCUCAGGACCUAACAUCAUCCUCACAGGAGACUCCUCUCCAGGUUUCUCUAAGGAGAUUGCAGCAGCCCUGGCUGGAGUACCUGGCUUUGAGGUGUCAGCAGCUGGGUUGGAGCUGGGGCUGGGGCUUGAAGAUGAGCUGCACAUGGAGCCACUGGGCCUGGAAGGGCUAAACAUGCUGAGUGACCCCUGUGCUUUGCUGCCCGAUCCUGCUGUAGAGGAUUCAUUCCGCAGUGACCGGUUACAGUGAGGGGAUCUCACCCCAUCCUUCUUCUUGGCCCUGUUCCCCAUCACUGUCCUUUUCCUCCCCACCCCCUGGCCAGUAGAGAUGCCACUCUCUGCCCCUAGAUCCUCUUUCUAACAUGAAUAAAGGAUCCUAAUGAGAAAAGGCCAGGGGCUUGCCCAGGUGGCUCCUGAAUUCUGCACGAUGGGUGGGCCUGGGGGAACUGAAGGGAGGGCUUAAAGCACUUGUAACUUUGAAAACCGUCUGUCUGGAGGUCAGAGCCUGUUGGAAAGCAGGGGAUGGGAGGAACUACAGAGGCAGGGCUUGUCCAGAUGCCUAGGGGUGGGCAGUGCCAGCCCCUGCUCACCACUCUUCCCCUUGCAAUGGAGGAGAGAGCCAGAGUGGAUAUUAUUUUUUAUUAAAUAUAUUAUAUGUUAAUAAAAAAAUCUUAUCAAACCCUUGGUGUGGUUGGCUACUGUUUGAUGUGCAACUGGGGAUCUAUAGAGUUUUGGGGGCAUAGGCUCUUUUAUGUUAGGCAUUUUGCAUCUGUUCAGCAGGGGCUCUGUGGAAGGGCCCCUAGCCUCAGAUUUGUACCACAAAUUAGACCUGGGAGUCCAAGAUGUAGAUAGGCUUUCAUGGACGGCAGCAGGAAGUCACCUCAUGUGCCCUCAUGUUUGUCUAGGGCUCUACUGCAUCACCAGGGACAAAGGGCUCUGGGUGGCCAGACAAGUUACUUCUUUUCAUCAACCAGAGGUCUGGGUAAGGAGGUGGCUGCUGGCUGAGCUCAUAGGUCUGAUGUUUCUGGUAGAAUGAUUCCAAGUACUGGCCUCAGUACUAAGGCUUUCAAGAAGAAAGAGGAGAUUUAAGAACUAUGAACUAAACACAAACAAGCAAAACAACAACAAAAAAAACACCUGUGAACUACAGGUAGGCCUUAACUGGCUUCCUUCUUUAUGGUCUUUUAAGGUUGGAGGACUUAUACAAGUCCUGACUCCAUGCUCCUAGGUCUCAGGAAGCUCUUAUUCCCACCAUGUCCCUAUGCGUGAGUACUUCUGUCCUCCUCCAUUUAUUUGAGUUUAACUCCACAGCCAUGUUUGUUUUCCCUGAGGUACUGGGAUUUGAAUCCAGGGCCUUGCACAUGCCAGGCGAUCCACUUGCCACAACCCUAACCCCACCAGCCAUUUCAGAAAUUGUUCUUUGCAUCAGUUUGCCAGCCUGUUGGUGAUCUGAGCCUCUGUUCUUUUCCCAGCCCCGCAUAGUGAGGAGUGCCCCUCUUCGGUUACCCCACCUCCACUACUGUGCUCCACAUCUUAUAGUACUGGCCACUCUUCCUCUUUCCAAAGCUCUUGUUUUUAGAAAAGAGAACCGAGAACGUCUGGCUCUGCCUAGUAGUGAGCCCUAAACCUGGAAGUCGGGGAGAGCCACCUGGGUCUCCCAAGUCUAGUCCUUCAGUGCCUUUGCCUUGGCUCACAGUCUGACUGUAGCACCGAGGGCGGGACCGAGCGCGACUUCAGGGCCACCUGGGGUCAGUGUCCCUCGGCAUCUGCCGAGUGGUGGGAAGCCGCUUGGGUGUAGGGGGCCCUCCCAGCCGCCAG